UAUGUCAUAUGUCAAAUUCAAAAUGUCCGAAUAGCAGUGGUUAUAAAACCGAACUUAGCAAAAAUAGCCCUCGGAGCACCCUCAGCCGUAACUACAAUCACAAAAAAGAUGUCGGCAAACGCGAGUCCAUCACACUACACUGAAGAUGCAUUCGUGACGGAUGCAAACUUCAAAGUAGAAAUCAAUCAAAAAAUGAAGGUUCCCGACAAGAUCAGCUUCACUACUGACUUGAACGGCGGGAACCCCGGUCUGUGGGACAGGGACAACAUCAACAUGCAAGUCCCCGAGAGAAUCCUAGUUGUAGGCCAGCACCAGCACAUCGGAACUAGGGCACCCCCUCGAGAAAUUGUUUUCGAUAACUCGGUCCUUCCAGCAGAGCCGUACCCCGGAGACGUCCGAGUGGCGACCCCGCCUCGUACUUUAACGCUAGACAAGUACCCGUUUCCCACGCUCGAGGAGAUGGACGAUCCCGAGCUGGAGCAAAUACCAGUUAUUAAGCCAAAGAAAAAGCCGGCGUUUGACGACUCCGAUCUGAGUUUGUCGGUGAGGGAGAGCACGCCGCCUAUUGGGGGCAGCGGCGACAGGUUAACACCGGCAGAGGAGAUUUUACACCUGAGGCGACAAAUGGCCAAGCUGAAUCGGCGGGUGAUGGCGUUAGAGUUGGAGAAUUUGGGGAGGUUGCAGAAAGAGAAGUUUCUUUUAGGGUUCGGGGUUGCUUAUUUGCUGCUGAAAGUGAUUGUUUGGAUGAACCGAGAUUAGGGCGACGUAGUCAUUGUUGUUCCCCGUAAGUAAGAAAUAAAUUGUGUUUACCUUGUAUUGACUUGAACCUAGACUGUGACUUAAGUAUCAUAUUUCUUCAAUUUUUUUAAGUUUUUAUUAGUCUGUUGUAAUCUUUUUAAAUACACUUAUCACAAUUAA